GUUCAGCAAGCCUUUUGUUGAGAAGGUUUUCUCACAUCAGUGAGUCAUGCUCCAGCUCUGAGCCGGCAGCAGCUCGGCAGGAAGGCAGCAGCCAGCCAGUGCCAUUCUGUCAUCGUCACCUUCGCUGCAAUUUGUGGAUUUUUGCUUAUUUUUUUGGGAGCCUGAGAAAUCGUUGUUGGAAGCAGCAGCGGCAGCUGAAGCCUCACCAGUGGAAACCACCACAACAGCAACCUCUCCAUCCUCCUCUGCUUCGUUUCCAUGGAUUUCCGCCGUGUUUUUCUCUCUUGACUGCAUUGAAGCGCCGGAUUUUACCAGUCGGGAAAUCGAGAGAGGUGGCCUCCACCGUCGCCACGUCUGCUGCUGCUGCCAUGUUACAGGAGAGGGUAAUCAUCGCGGCAAGGAGGCGGGCGGUGCGUGUCGCUUGAGGCGCCGUGAGAGAGAAGAGGCGAAGGGUAUGCUUCACCGCACCAAAUACAACCGCUUCAGGAAUGAGUCGGUGACGUCCGUCGAUGACAUCGUCCACGGCCUGUCCAUGAACCCCAAGGUGUCGGCCAGCCCCGAGACGCCUUAUGCUCCCCCGGCGGACGACCAGCCCCCGGCCGCUCCCGGCGCCGCCGCCGGCCACGACCACUCGGACGAUGGCGGUACGCCCCUGUGCACCCUCAUCAACAAGGUGUCCAACCUGAAGUUCAGCAACUCCAGCAGCUUGCUCGGCAUCAAGGGGCUGCCCUCAGCAGUCAAGGACCUGGCAGUGGCCAAGCUGCAGGGUGGCGGCGCUUCGGUGACGAGCGUGGCGGCCGUAGGGGCGGCGGCCUGCCUGCCAACGCUGGAGCCUGCCACCGGCAUGAGCAAGAAGAGCAGAGCGGACGAGCUUCUACCCGCCGGCGAGGACUGGAACCCCGGCUGCGGUGGACCGGUGGGCAAACCUUUCAGAGGGUGGCUGCACUCCAGUGAGAAGAUCUCCGGACCAGGAGUGACAUACAUUGUUAAGUAUCUGGGUUGCAUUGAAGUUCUUCGAUCGAUGAGAUCUUUAGAUUUCACCACGCGAUCUCAAAUAACAAGGGAGGCUAUCAGCUUGGUUUGUGAGGCUGUUCCAGGCCCCAAAAGCGCUCUGCGGAAGCGAAAGCCACCAUCCAAAGCUCUGUCCAGCAUCCUGGGGAAGAGCAAUCUGCAGUUUGCCGGCAUGUCGAUCAACUUGAACAUCUCCACCAGUAGCCUCAAUCUAAUGACGCCGGACUGCAAACAAAUCAUAGCCAAUCAUCACAUGCAGUCCAUCUCCUUCGCAUCCGGCGGCGACCCCGACACAACGGACUUUGUUGCCUACGUGGCAAAAGAUCCUGUUAACAGAAGAGCGUGUCACAUCCUGGAGUGUUCGGACGGGCUGGCCCAAGACGUCAUCAGCACCAUCGGCCAGGCCUUUGACCUUCGCUUCCAGCAGUACAUGCAGUGUCCUUCCAGCAAGCCUUCCGCCACACAUGACAGGGUGCUCAAUGUGGAGGAGUUGCCAUGGACGGAGGAGGAGGAAGAGUCUGCAGAGCAUCCAUACUACAACAACAUCCCCGGGAAGAUGCCGCCCCCCGGAGGCUUCAUCGACGCGCGGCUGACCAAUCAGAACGCAGACGGAAGCCAGAUGGGCUCAAACUCUGUGGAUCCGAACUAUUACCAAGGGCGACACUGUGGGGAAAACUGGACAGAGGAGAGAAAGUCUACCUUCAUACAACAAGGUUCCUUGGAUAUAAGCAGUGAAAGCAAAGGUCCGCCGACAAAAACGGGCGAGAUGCCCACGUACAUGAACACCCAGCAGAUCGACGAGCAGGUCUUGGCGGCGCUGCAGGCCGAGGCGGAGCAUGUGACCAAGGGAAUGGCAGCCGCGGCAAGGGAGAAUCCGCUGACGGAUCUCUUUGACAUGAAACCCUUCGAGGACGCCAUCCAGGCGCAGCCGCAAGCGCCCUCGCAGGUGUUAACGUUGCACAAGGCGACGUCAGUGGACAACUCCAGCCCGCUGCUGGCGCGCUCCAUCGCUUUCCGGGCGCAGGAGGAGCUGGAGGGCCAAGCGUGGUACCGCGGCAAGAUGAGUCGGCGCGAUGCCGAAAAGCUGCUGCAUGACGACGGCGACUUCCUGGUGCGCAAGAGCGCCACCAACCCGGGCUCUUACGUGCUCACCGGUAUGCACAACGGCAUCGCCAAGCACUUGUUGCUGGUGGACCCUGAAGGCACGGUUCGGACGAAAGAUCACGUGUUCGACAGCAUUAGCCACCUGAUUGGCCAUCACCGUGACAACAACCUGCCAAUCGUGUCAGCCGGGAGCGAACUGUGUCUGCUGCAGCCAGUCGUAUGGAAGCAGUAAUUGCGCCCCCAUGUGGAUACGGGAAACUCUGAACUUUCCUUCCUGCGGUCUCCGAAACUUGAAGCGUGAGGGAAGCUGCUAAAAAAAAGUUUUUAGCCCGGGUGACGCUGAAAAAAACAAAAGAAUAUUUAUUAUAGAACUGUUAUUUUAUCGUGACAACUGAAAUGCUAUAUUUUUGCGAAGACACAGUAUAGGACACCCACAAUAUAUUGAUUUGGUGUUUCAAACGAUACGAUACGAUACGUUCUUGUAGUUUAGACAAAUCAAACCUAGACAAGGUGCGGACCAGAGUAUUUUAGAGUAUGAGAGCUACAAAUUUUACGUUUUGUCUGCCAAGCACAACCACAUUUCUACUGAGAAACGAAACAAACCCGCCAGAGCCCCAAACUCAAGAGCUAUUCAUAAAGAAGGAAGAUCUGAGUGCGUAAAAAAAGACCAAAAAUUAUUUUUUUUUCUCUUAAUAUUUAGUUGUUUUUCAGAGAGGCCCUAAUACUCCUCCUUAUGUUGUCUCACUGACUUCUAGAAAUCGUAAAGUUGACGGCCUUUAUCUUUGGCUUUUGUGUGCCAACACCGUAAAAUAAUCCCGCAUUAAUUCGCACGAUUUGGGUUCUUUUGUACGUGUUAGUGAUUGGUUUUGGGCUGGGGGGGGGGGCUUUGUUGACAUUGUUUUGAACACUACUGUUUUAAUGACCACACGUAAAUAGUACAAUCACAGCGACGUCAUUUGCUUUGUGGCCAAAGACACAGAAGUAAAAGAAGCAGGCCCCCCUUUUUUUACUUCGCCUCAUUUCCUCACAAUAGUAGCAACAACAUCAUUUCUCAGCCCGUUUAUUAAUAGCAAAUGGAUGCGUUCAAGUGCAGUCGAACCAAAAUCAGCAUGUGUUUUGAUCAGUGGGUUUUGAUGAGACCGAUGCAAUGUAAUGCCUGUAUUUUUGCUGCAAGAGAGCGUGUACAAUGCAUAUUUGUCACAUAACACAAACACUCAACAGAAUUGAGCGGUGUCGGGGGGGGGGGGAACAAUCUCGGGCAAGUUUAGCGUAAUAAUUUCAGAGAAAUCGUCAAAGUUGGCCACUUU